AUGGCGCCAGUCCCCAGCGACACCCGCCCCAUAAUCAUCUCCGGGCCCUCAGGCGUUGGCAAAGGCACAUUAUACAAGCUCCUCCUCGACCGACACCCCUCCCAAUUCGCAACCUCGAUUUCACACACAACGCGGGACCCCCGCCCAGGAGAGAAGCGUGAUGUGGACUACUACUACACGGACAUGGCGACGUUUGAGAAGAUGAUUGCGGAGGAGGGGUUCGUGGAGCAUGCGAAGUUUGGAGGGAACAGGUAUGGGACGAGUAAGAAGAUGAUUGGGGAGUUGACGGAGGGCGGGAGGGUGGUGGUGUUGGAUAUUGAGAUGGAGGGCGUCAAACAAAUCAAAUCCUCCUCCCUCUCCGCACGCUACGUAUUCAUUGCACCCCCCAGCAUGGAGAUCCUCGAAUCGCGGCUCCGAAACCGCGGCACGGAGAAGGAAGAUAGUAUCCAGAAGCGGCUGGCGCAGGCGAAGAAUGAGCUGGAGUAUAGUCGCGUAGAGGGUGUGCAUGACCUGAUUAUUGUGAAUGAUGAUCUGGAGGAGGCAUAUAAGAAGUUGGAGGAUUUUGUGUUUAAGGGAGUUGUGGGAGGGGAGAAGAAGACGCAGGAGCAGAGUGCGAAGGAUGGGGGGAAGGCGGGGGAGAGUGUGUUGGAUUGA